AUGAAAGGGCCUGAUCGCCCAGUUCACCUUGCUACCCCUUGCCGUGGGCAAUUUCGCCUAAGCGAAGGUCUGAGCUUCUCCUGCAACAGUUAUCCCGACCUGAGGCCAGCAAGACCUCGGUCACGGGACCGCUUAGUCAUAUAUCUGCGGGAAAGGGAGCGGAAAUUAAUUCUCCGCCCAGCUGUCCCUGAGAGUAGUACUGUGUACUGUGCUGGUGUGUUGACUAGACAGAUAUUCCGCAUGCAGCGAAAGGCGGCUGCUGCAGAUGGCCUGAUAACUCCGAGACAUACUCUGUCCCCUGCUGAUCCGUCAUUAUACUUGUGCCGUGGCGGCACCUUCGCUUCGAGAUGCAUACUGAGGAUGAGCAGCGCACGGAUUGACCUGGGUGAACCGCGUCGAAGCGAGAUGCCCGUUGUGUCCAGUUUCACGGCUAAAGUUGCCUCGAGAUGGUGUGUGGUGGUGAGUCCGAGGCCUGAUCAGCGAACAGGGCAGGAUAAACAGGGUCUUGCAGAGGGUGCAAGUGGGGAGAUCGUGAGGUGGAAAGGGGUGACAGGGCCCAUUGAGAGCCGCGGACAGCGGCGAGGGGUGCGUGGCCUGUGGAUGCACCAGAGGCAAACAGCCAAACGGAGGGGUGGAUGCCAUUCCCACCGCCAGCCUGAUCGGCCACCCAGUUCCGCCAAUAGUUGGCCGUUAUCUGCCAGUCUGUCCCGUGCCUGGAACCCAUACUGUUCUCCGCCUACCGGAUCCGGUAAGAAAGGUGGCUGCCAUCCCCCAUUCUGCCGGGAUGGUCUCCAGCAAGUUACGCUUCUCGUCUCCAUCUCUCCUGGCCGAUCUGGCGGCCUGGCCGUGUCCCUCCCUAUUCCUGUGUGUCUGCGCCUUGUUACCAGACACCUCCCUGUGUGUGGGAUCCUUUACCCACUUCCACUUUACCUACGAGUCCCCUACCCUUAG